UCCCAUCCCACUCGCCGCGACCUCCCAGAUCAAGCCAAGGAGGAGAGAGGGAGAGAGAUAAAAAUGGCGCAGCUGCAGGAGACGUACGCGUGCUCGCCGGCGACGGAGCGCGGGCGGGGGAUCCUCCUGGGGGGCGACCCGAAGACGGACACGAUCGCCUACUGCGCCGGCCGGAGCGUCAUCAUCCGCCGCCUCGACACGCCGCUCGACGCCUGGGCCUACACGGACCACGCCUACCCGACCACCGUCGCCCGCUUCUCCCCCAACGGCGAGUGGGUCGCCUCCGCGGACGCCUCCGGCUGCGUCCGAGUCUGGGGCCGCUACGGCGACCGCGCCCUCAAGGCCGAGUUCCGCCCCAUCUCCGGACGCGUCGACGACCUCCGCUGGUCCCCCGAUGGCCUCCGCAUCGUCGUCUCCGGGGAUGGCAAGGGCAAGUCCCUGGUCCGCGCGUUCAUGUGGGACUCUGGCAGCACCGUCGGUGACUUUGAUGGACACUCGAAGAGAGUUUUGAGUUGUGACUUUAAGCCAACACGACCAUUUCGCAUUGUGACAUGCGGUGAAGAUUUUCUAGCGAAUUUCUAUGAAGGACCACCAUUCAAAUUCAAGCAUUCAAUAAGGGAUCACACUAACUUUGUUAACUGUAUCCGCUAUGCGCCUGAUGGAAGCAAGUUUAUCACUGUGAGUUCAGAUAAGAAGGGUUUAAUAUACGAUGGGAAAACUGGAGACAAGAUUGGAGAGCUAUCCAGUGAAGGCAUACACUCUGGUAGCAUAUAUGCUGUUAGCUGGAGUCCUGACAGUAAACAAGUUCUAACAGUUUCUGCUGAUAAAACUGCGAAAGUAUGGGAUAUCAUGGAGGAUGCAAGUGGGAAAUUGAAUAGAACUCUGGUUUGUAAUGGUACAGGUGGUGUUGAUGACAUGCUUGUGGGUUGCCUCUGGCAGAAUGAUCAUCUUGUUACAGUCUCUCUUGGUGGGACAUUUAAUAUCUUCUCUGCAAGCAAUCCAGACAAAGAGCCAGUAACAUUUGCAGGACAUUUGAAGACUGUCAGUGCUCUGACCUUUUUGCCUCAAAGUAACCCAAGAACUAUGCUGACUACAAGCUAUGAUGGUGUCAUCAUAAGAUGGAUACAGGGUUUUGGGUAUGGUGGGAGGUUGAUUCGUAAGAACAACACCCAGAUCAAAUGCUUUAUUGCAGCAGAAGAGGAGCUGAUCACUUCAGGAUAUGAUAACAAGGUCUUCAGGAUUCCUCUUAAUGGAGAUCAGUGUGGGGAUGCUGAAUCAGUAGAUGUUGGAGGUCAACCAAAUGCUUUAUGUGUUGCAAUCCAACAACCUGAAUUAGCAUUGAUUACCACUGAUUCUGCGAUCGUAUUGCUGCACAAGUCAAAUAUCACUUCCACAACCAAAGUUAAUUAUACUAUCACUUCCUCUACUGUUUCACCAGAUGGCACUGAAGCUAUCGUGGGUGCGCAAGAUGGGAAAUUACGUAUCUAUUCCAUCAGUGGGGAUACGCUUACAGAAGAGGCAGUACUUGAAAAGCACCGUGGUCCUAUUACGACUAUACAUUAUUCGCCAGAUGUUUCCAUGUUUGCUUCUGCUGAUGCCAACAGGGAAGCUGUUGCGUGGGAUCGGGCAACUCGAGAGAUCAAGCUCAAGAACAUGUUGUUCCACACAGCUCGGAUAAACUGCCUGGCUUGGUCACCUGACAGUCGUUUGGUAGCCACUGGCUCGAUAGACACCUGUGCAAUUGUAUAUGACAUAGACAAGCCAGCAUCCAGUCGCAUCACCAUCAAGGGAGCUCAUCUUGGUGGAGUCCAUGGGCUGACAUUUGCUGACAAUGAUACUCUGGUCACUGCCGGUGAGGAUGCAUGCGUCCGUGUCUGGAAACUGGUGCAACAAUAGGUGCUCUUCUUGUGUUAUCAUGCCUGGGCUGCGGUAUUGGUUUGGGCUAAACGGUGCCUGCACUUGUCCGCAUGGUUGCGGUUUUCCACAGGCCGUGGCUGCACUUUUUAUUCUUUGCUAUUGUUGUCCAAGUUUGCCCACACCAUUCGUCUCGGGUUGCAUUCUUUCUUGCAAUUCAGGAAGAACUCCUCUGUCACUCUUCCCACGUGUCUGAUUUUGUGAGGCUCUGGGAAUACAGGGAUGCUGGUGUGAAGUUAUUUUUGUGAUGUUGUAGUAGCAGUUAAUAAUUACUGGCAUUUUUGAGCUGCGAGAUUUCAUGAAUCAUAUGCAUUGUGUUUUCCUCUACCCCUUUUGUCUUUUUUAGAAGAUACCUUUACCGCUUGUAACAUGUAUCCCUAUGUAAUUUUCAUAAACCAGCUGCACGAUGCUGUUGUUUUUUGUUGUUGAGUGUAACCAAUCUGUUCGUCUGAA